AGGAGCAGCUGGCCCAGCUGCGCUGCGAGAUGGAACAGCAGAGCCAGGAGUAAAAGAUGCUGCUGGACGUGAAGACGAGGCUGGAGCAGGAAAUUGCCACCUACCGCCGCCUGCUGGAGGGCGAGGACGCCCACCUCUCCUCCCAGCACCCAUCCGGCCAGGACUAUGUUUCCUGCGAAGGUAAGGCUCCUGAGGGUCCCGGAGCCGCCUUUGCCCACCCGCCGGCCUCACCACCUGAAGUCCUGGGUCCAGCCCCUGCUCGCCCCAGCUGUCUUCCCUCCCUCUCUGCUGGUGGUGGGCUAAUAAAGCUGACUUUCUGGUUGAUGCAUCAAUCCUGUGUGGUCUCCGUUCCUGAGCUGAUGGGAGGGGAAUUGGAGGUGCCUCCCAGGAAUCUUCUGGGACCUCACAGCCUGAGGGAUGCAGGAAAGAGCCAAGCUCAGAAGAGCUUGUAGGGUCUUCCUCGAAGA